AUGGGAAAUAGGGCUUUUGGUCAGAACCACCACGCCUGGAAAAUGUUUCAACAGAGAAAAUCGAAUGCCAUAAAUUGCACGUUCCACAGCUAUCUUUCAACCAUGAUCUUGAAUAACCUGGUUCUUCUUGCAGGAACUGUGGCUUCGCUUAGCACUUCUUCUACAUUACCUCAUCAUGAGAACCCCGAAGCUAUCAGCUGCUCCACAUCAGCGAACCAAGCGACACCCAGUUGGCGGCAGCAGCAGAUUUUCGAGACGUUCAUCCAGAGAUUCUUCGUCUAA